UCUUUUGCAACCUAGUCUUGUGUCAACCUCUGAACAAAUCCUUUGACACGCUAGCCAGCCGUCAACUUAGGUCUUAGAAGAUGGCAGACAGGCCCAAUGGCAAGCCCUGUGCCUCUCCGCUGGAGCUGUUCAACAGCAUAGCUGCUCAAGGGGAGCUCGUGAGGUCCCUCAAAGCCACAAAGGCAAAAGAGGAUGAAAUUGAUUCUGCAGUAAAGACGUUGCUAUCAUUAAAAAUGAGCUACAAAGCUGCCAUGGGGGAGGAUUACAAGGCUAACUGCCCUCCAGAGAACCCAGCACCUGGGAGUAAUAGUGACCCAAAUGCUAUAGAACCUGAAGUGGAUUUUGUGGACCCAUGGACAGUGCAGACUAGCAGCGCAAAAGGCAUUGACUAUGACAAGCUCAUUGCUUUCAUCUUCUCUGACCUCGAGUACAUGGGGAUGAGCCCAGGCUUCUACAAGAAUGUGGUAAAGAUUCAGAAGCAUGUUACCUUCAACCAAGUGAAAGGCAUUUUCGGCUUCACCGAUAGUGACUGCAUUGGGAAGAUCAGUUUUCCUGCCAUCCAGGCUGCUCCCUCCUUCAGCAACUCAUUCCCGCAGAUCUUCCAGGGCAGGACGGACAUCCAGUGCCUUAUCCCGUGUGCCAUUGAUCAGGAUCCUUACUUUAGGAUGACGAGGGACGUCGCCCCUAGGAUUGGCUAUCCUAAGCCAGCCCUGCUGCACUCGACCUUCUUUCCUGCCCUGCAGGGUGCCCAGACCAAAAUGAGUGCCAGCGACCCCAAUUCCUCCAUCUUCCUCACCGACACAGCCAAGCAGAUCAAGACCAAGGUCAACAAGCACGCAUUCUCCGGAGGGAAAGACACCAUUGAAGAGCACAGGCAGCUCGGGGGCAACUGCGACGUGGACGUGUCUUUCAUGUACCUGACCUUCUUCCUUGAGGACGAUGACAAGCUCGAGCAGAUCAGGAAGGACUACACCAGUGGAGCCAUGCUCACAGGCGAGCUCAAGAAAGUGCUCAUAGAGGUUCUGCAGCCCUUGAUCGCCGAGCACCAGGCCCGGCGCAAGGAGGUCACUGAUGAGAUCGUGAAAGAGUUCAUGACGCCCCGGAAGUUGUCCUUCAGCUUUUAGUAACAGUUAUUUUAUAUAUGCUUAUAAAGAGACAUAAUUUAUCGGUAAUCCCAGCCCAAUCACAUCGCCACUAACUGUAGGCUUCUGUCAUGUGGUAAUUACCAGGCCUGUCUGUAAAUGUGUUAUCGAUACUGUUUCUUCCCAUUCAUUUAUCAUUUCUGUCUCUUGUUGGCAAAACACCACAGGGUGAUUGGGUGUUGGCUAACAUUGCAUGGUCAGUUAGAGAAGUCCAGCUGUGAGACUCUCCCACAAAGCAGCCCCAAGGAUGUGGAGCUUCUGGUCGGAAGUCCAUAGGCCAGCCAGUUCUGGUCCACAGAGGACUGUCCAUUUGAAAGCAGCCUAGGGUUCCAAAGAUACUCUCAAAACCUGUUCUAUUAAAAUAUGUAUUCUGGGCCGGCCCGGUGGCGCACUGGAGAGUGCGCCGCUUGGGAGUGCAGCGGCGCUCCCG